AUGUGGAAGCUAAAAUCUAUGGUCACUACUCGAAUUGUCAAAGGAAUGUCAAGUUUUUCGACUGUAAGUUCAAUCAAUACGAGCAUAAAGGCGGCGGUGAACGACGGCCAGCCCCACAAAGCACUCUUUCUCUUCCGCCAAAUGAAAUUAAGCGGCUUAGAACCCAAUCACUUGACCUUUCCCUUCAUAGCAAAAGCCUGUGCCAAGAUUUCGAACCUGAAACAAUCUUACAUCAUCCACCCCCAUAUUUUGAAGUCACCCCAUUGUUCAGAUAUCUAUGUGCAGACAGCUCUGGUUGACAUGUACGUGAAAUGUGGUAAAGUGGAAUAUGCUUAUCAGGUGUUUGAGGGAAUGCCUGACAGGGAUGUUACCGCUUGGAAUGCUAUGCUUAUGGGUUUCGUACAGGUGGGUUUUGUUGUUAGGGUUUUGGGUUUAUUCUAUAGAAUGCUUUUUGGUGGGUUCAGGCCAGAUUCAGUUACGGUUAUGGGGUUGACACAGCUGGCGUCUGGUUUGAAGGAUGGCCGACUGCUGAGUAGUGUUCAUUGCUUAGGGAUUAGACUGGGGUUGGGAGAGGAUGUUUUGGUGGCUAACACUUGGAUCUCUGCCUAUGCAAAAUGUGGUGAUUUGCCGUUGUCUGAUAUGGUGUUUAAUGGGAUUGAUUCUCAAUCCCUGACAGUUGUAUCUUGGAAUUCGAUUAUUGCAGGAUGUGCGGGUGCAGGGGAAGGCUUUAAAUCAAUGGGUUUAUACACGAAGAUGUUGAAUGCCGGAUUUAGACCUGAUUCGAGUACCAUUCUGAACUUGCUAGGAUCAUUUGUGAAGCCUGAUGCUUUAUUUCAAGGGAAGUUGAUUCACUGUCAUGGAGUUAAGUUAGGUUGCUUUUCAGAUGUUUCUGUCCUUAAUACGCUUGUGUACAUGUACUCCAAAUGUGAAGAUGUAACUUCUGCUCGAAGGGUAUUUGAUGCCAUGAUGCAUAAGACCCGCAUUUCUUGGACUGUAAUGAUCGGUAGUUAUGCUGAGAAAGGAAAUCUAGAGGAGGCAAUAUCCUCGUUCAACUCCAUGGAAGCUGCCGGAGAGAAACCUGAUAUAGUCGCCAUCAUAUAUUUGAUUUCAGCGUGUGGCCAGAUUGGAGCACUUGAGACUGGGAGAUGGAUAGACAACUAUUCCAUGUCGGCAGGAUUAAAGAGUGAUGUUAUGAUCUGCAAUGCAUUGCUGGAUAUGUAUGUCAAGUGUGGGAGUCUAAGAGAUGCAGAGGAACUCUUUCUAACAAUGGAGGAAAGGACUAUAGUUUCCUGGACUACUAUGAUAUCAGGGUACGCACUGAAUGGAGAACCAAAAAAAGCGCUGGACUGCUUUGAUCUGUUAUUGCAUUCGGGUUUAAAACCGAACAGCAUUACAUUUAUUGCAGUUCUUCAGGCUUGUGUUCAUGGAGGUUUACUAGAAAAAGGAUGGGAAUUCCUUGAUAUGAUGAUUGACCAGUUUAAAAUAAAAGCUAGUUUGGAUCACCAUGCUUGUAUGGCUGACCUACUUGGACGUCGAGGAAAACUGAAGGAAGCAUUGGAGUACAUAGAAAGUAUGCCCUGUAAACCUGAUGCCGGGAUUUGGGGAGCAUUGCUUAAUGCUUGCAAGAUACAUCGGAACUCAGUCAUUGGUCAGUAUGCAGCAGAUCGCCUUUUUGAUCUAGAACCACAGGCUGCAGCUCCUUAUGUCGAAAUGGCCAACAUAUAUGCUUCCGCGGGAAAAUGGGAUUCUGUCGCUUUGAUUCGAGUAAAAAUGAAAGGCAAUCAAGUGAGGAAGUAUCCCGGGGAAAGCAUCAUUCAAGUCGAAGGAAAAAGCCACACGUUUAGAGUGGAUGACCGAUUUCAUCCUGAAAUCGCCCUGAUUGAUGAAGUGUUAAGUUGUCUGGAAUUACAAUUCAAAGGAGAGGUAGAUUCAUCGAAUCACACUGAUUCUUGUUAUGAACAUGGUGUUAGCAUUGUUGGAUUGGGAUCUUGA